AUGGCGUCCUUAAAACUUAUCCUUCAGGAUCCUUCGGUAAAAUACGAAUAUCCCUUUGAAAUAGUGGCUGAUUACGAUAAGAAAGCCAUUUCUGCGGAUCAUAAGAAUACUUUUGUGUCAAGUGUGCAAAUUGGAUCAGUUUUUGUGCAAAAUGGAACCAUAUUGGAUAUUGGACUCUCUCUCAAAGCUUACGACAUAACCACAAAGUUUGCUUUUAACGGACGCGGAGCAGAAUUGUCGGAAUUGCUAUUCUUCCACGAAAAACUCCUUACAUUUGACGAUAAAUCGGGAAUUAUUUAUGAAUUGGCAGAGAAGAAGCUCGUUCCGUGGGUAAUCCUUGCUGAUGGUGCUGGCAAUGAAACGAGCGGGUUUAAAUGUGAAUGGGCAACCGUUAAAGAUGAUCAUAUUCUUGUUGGAUCACACGGUGUGGAGUCUGUGACACCAGAAGGGGAAGUAACGAGUCGUAAUUCUCUUUUUGUGAAGAAAAUUAGCAAAAAUGGCGAAGUAAUUCAUGAGAAUUGGCAGGGAGUUUAUGAUAAAAUUAGAGGAGUUCUAGGGAUGCCUUUCCCUGGGUUUGUUGUCCACGAAGCAGCUCUGUGGUCGGAGGAAAAUCAAAAAUGGAUUUUUUUGCCACGAAAAUGUACAGCAAAAGCCAAAAAUUCCGUGUCAUUUGACAAUGUUGGGUGCAACUACAUUAUCCUGGCCAAUGAGGAUUUCUCCGACAUUGAGACCUACGAACUUUCAGAGGCGCCAAUUGUGGAUUAUCGUGGUUUCUCCUCUUUCCAAUUUCUCCCUGAUAGUGGUGAGAAAGUCAUUGUGGGGCUAACAACAAUUGAAACGGACGAGGAUGUGGCAACCUACAUCAUUGCUCUGGACCUCAAAGGAAAGAUUCUCUUUCCGGAAACGAAAAUUCUCUAUGAAAAUGUAUAA